GAAUCCAGCAAGCCUUAUCCCUCAGACCUGCAGUCCCGCAGUCCCCAAAGCUUGAGUGAUACAGGCUAUUCAUCUGAUGGGAUCUCUAGUUCCCAGAGUGAAAUCACAGGCUUAGUGCAGCAAGAAGAAGAACAGCUAAAUGAAACAGGAAUUGUAGAACCAAGUCCUCCCAGUCCUUCUGAACUUACUAAACUGGAAACCAGCAUGCGCCCUUUACUGGAGUCAAAGAGCUUGACCCAUCCAUCAACUGACCGUGGGAAAACAUACCAUGAAUUACGGGAGGAGCAGAGGCAAAGACAGAGGCCACGGUCACUUUCUAUCACUCCAGAAGCCUUUGAUUCUGAUGAGGAGCUAGAAGACAUAAUGGAAGAAGAUGAAGACUCUCUGGAAUGGGAUAAUCAAAGGGAGAAGAAGGAAAGCGUGGAGUCUUCAGAUGAUUUUGGCAGCAAGCUUCGCCAUGACUAUGUAACAGAUAGUAGUGAAGCAGGAUUCUCCCCAUUACCAACUAAACAGAAAGGCAAAGAGCCUGUAAUGACAGAUGAAGAAUUCAUGAGGAGGCAAAUCUUGGAGAUGAGUGCAGAAGAAGACAAUCUUGAGGAGGAAGAAGAGUAUGAUCGUUCAAAAUACAGCACUGCAAAAAAUGGACACAAGCUUGAUUCUGAGAAAAGCAGAGAGCCUAUUGCAUCCAAGAGACGCCUGCCUCACAGCUCGAGCAGUAUAUACGAGGAGGAACAAAAAGAACUGGAAAGCGCCGAGAAUGAUGACAUGGCUGCCUCUCAGGGAGGUCUGCGUCGUUUCAAGACCAUUGAGUUAAAUAGCACUAACAACUAUGGCAGAGACAUGGAGUUGAGCCAGGAGGCAGACAUCAGCCUGGACCGGGAACCUGAACUGGAGAUGGAGAGCCUUACAGGCUCCCCAGAAGAUAGAUCAAGAGGUGACUAUUCCUCCACCUUGCCACCAACUACACCCAGUUACACAUCAGGAACAUCCCCAACCUCUGUCUCUUCUCUGGAGGAAGAUAGUGACAGCAGCCCAAGCCGCAGGCAGAGAUUAGAAGAGGUUAAACAGCAGAGGAAAGCUCGGCAUCGCUCUCAUGGCCCUCUACUGCCAACCAUUGAAGAUUCUUCAGAAGAAGAAGAGCUGCGUGAGGAAGAGGAGCUCUUGCGAGAACAAGAAAAAAUGCGAGAGGUGGAGCAGCAGCGGAUCCGAAGCACAGCACGCAAAACAAAAAGAGAUAAAGAGGAGCUGAGGGCACAGAGGAGGAGAGAGAGGUCUAAAACUCCGCCCAGUAAUUUGUCACCUAUUGAAGAUGCUUCGCCCACUGAGGAACUACGCCAGGCUGCAGAGAUGGAGGAGCUGCACAGGUCUUCCUGUUCAGAAUAUUCGCCCUCUAUUGACUCAGAGGCUGAAGGAUUUGAUGUCAUUGCCUCCAAACUGUACAAAUCUGGCAGUGAGUACAAUCUGCCAACCUUCAUGUCCCUUUAUUCUCCAACAGAAAAAAUGGCCGGCUCUAGUUACCCAUCCAGCAAGCCCCUGAAAAGUGCAGAAGAAGCCUAUGAAGAGAUGAUGAGGAAGGCAGAAAUGUUCCAAAAACAACAACCUUUCCAACAAAGUAUUUCCUACAACAACACCUUUCAAGAAGUAAGUUAUCGUGGUUCGGAAGACCAAAACAAUUUUGAAUAUCAGUAUAUAGAUGACUAUGGUUAUGAUAGUCGGAGUGUAGAUUCCUCGCAAACUGACUAUCAGAAUGAGCUUUCCAAAUCUGGGGCACUAUAUGAAGAAAUCCUUCAAACAUCACAGAAUAUCUCCAGGAUGCAUCAAUCUUCUACUCUGGAUUUGACACUUGAGCAAGAAAUGAAGAAAAAAGGGAGAGAAGAUCCCUAUCCAGAGAAGCAAUAUUUGAAUGCCGAGAGUGCAUAUGAAAGUGGCCCACUCACUCCAGGAACAAGUCCUACCCAACUCUCUGCUCCCGUCUCCUUUUCACAGACAGAAAGCAGUGCGGGCAGAAUAAUUCCCGAUGUUAGAGUCACUCAGCACUUUGAAAAAGAGAGUAGUGAGCAAACAAAGUUUCAUAGUUCCUCAGUUACAGCUAGCUCAGUUCCAAAGAGUGUAGCUAUGCCUUACUCAUAUAGUAAAGGAACUAGCCCAGUCACUACUGUUGUUCCUAGUCCAGCUAGCGCAAUCCGAAUUUACAGUUCUCCAACUUCAAGUGGCUCUGAUGUAUCACCUGUGUCCACCACUAGCCAAAGCCAGACAAAAGUAACUGCAAAUUAUGGCUCUCAAACAGAAAACAUUUCCAGGGUCGGUGGGCCAUCGGUAAGAGAUAAGCAUCAAGGUGUGACUGAUGGCAAGACAAAUCUACCCAUGGCAACCCCCAAAAUGUAUUCUUAUUUCAAAAGUUCCAGCCCACCCCUUUCCCCUUCUUCUCCUACACAAAGUCCUACUUAUUCUGUUCCAAGAACUGGGAUGCCCUCUAGUUCCGGGGGAGGAGCUAAAUCAACAGCUGAGUUUUCUACCCAAACACAUAGCACAAUUAUUUCAUAUGACAUUACAACUACUGGGGUAUCAACAGCUUCUCCGAUGAUAGCUCAAGGAACACAAACUCUUCACAGAGCCAGCUCCCCAUGCUUGGCUAGGCAACAGUCAUCACAAGAAGCCCCCUUUAUGGUCAUCACCUUAGCAUCUGAUGCAGCUAUUCAAACCAAGCCAAUUGGUGUAAGUUCCUCCAUUUCGCCACCUUCAUCUCCAACUCAGCAAGGCCGCCAGCAAACAGUACAUAGUUACAGCCAAACAGCAAUCAGUGCAGUGCAAUUCCAGUCACAACAGGUCCAGACCACUCACACCAAGGCACAGUCAAUGCCUGAAAAAGCCUCUCCUUACACUCCAGUUCAGAAAGUGCAGAGCACUGCUACUGACCCUAUGCCUGGUGUGUAUAGCUGGGGCACACUACCUGCAGAGAAUAUUUCUUUGUGUAGGAUAUCAUCAGUCCCUGGGACAUCUAGAGUAGAACCUGGACCUAGAGCAUCUGGUAGUAAUAUUGUAGAUUUGAGGACAUCAAUAAAGUCUGCUCCAAUUAUUGUAACAGACCAUGGAAUGGAUCUCACAUCCUUAGCUGCUGAGAGCAGAAAAUAUUGCCUCACUAUGGACCAGUCACCGAGUCGGCAAUCCACAGCCAUCCAACCUUUAAUCAUUAACCUCAAUGCCCAGGAACAACCACAUGCUAUCAUCAGCAGUUCCACCACAGUCAGCAUAACAGUUGCAUCUACCAUGUUUAUGUCCCAGUCAAAGCAACCAGUUGUCUAUGGGGACCCUUUCCAGAACAGAAUUGACUUUGGUCAAGAGACAGGAAGUCCAGUCUGCCUGACGCAAAUUAAACAGGUGGAACAAGCAGUUCAGACUGGUCCCUUCAGAGGACCCAUGAGUGGAGCUGGCACAUCUGCUUCUAUGGGCUGGCCAGAAGCAGCAGGUCCACAGCAAACAAAAUUUGCAAGAUACAAUUUGCCCAACCAAAUGACAUCCUUGAUAAAAAAAGAUACUCUAAUUACUCAGACUAGCAAUGCCCAAAAUAUUGUGAGUGCCAUUCCCAGGCCGUUUCCUCAGGAUCAAAGCUCAGAGAUAUAUAGAAGUAAGAAGUCCCAAGUGAUGAUGGUGCAGAUGGAUGACCUAGCAGCAGGAUCUGUCACAAAACUCCUCAAAGAAGAACCUCCUUCUAAUGCACUGGACCUCACCGGAAUGAAGCCUGAGAGCCAAGUAGCAUGCUGUGAUGUAGUCUAUAGGUUUCCAUUUGGAAGCAGCUGCACUGGGGCUUUUAAUCCAUCUCCUAAGGUGCCAGAAAAACAUGUUGGAGAAACAGCUCCCCUCGGCAAAGCUAGUAGCCAGUAUUAUGGAACCAGAGAACAGGAAAUGCCAGAGACAUUCCCUUACAGAGAGCAGCCAGCGCCGGUCCCUCAUCCGUACGAAGAGCACAGAUUCCAUCCGCAUGGCAUGUUUGGGAGAUUAUAUUCCUCAAUGUCGGAUACAAAUCUUUCUGAAAUGGGGUUGAACUAUUACUCAGUUAAAGGAGACCAGCAUUUCCCUUCCCCUGCUGGAGAUUCUGCUAUGGACCUGACAACUAUGAAGAAUUCCUAUAGUCAUAGUUUCACGGAGGGAGGACAGCUAGGGCAUGGGCUGCAAUAUGGCUCUUUCUCUGACCUCCGACAACCCACUGAAUUACUAAGUCAUUCAUAUCCCAUGCGAAGGUACAGCUCAGCCUCCAAUAUCUACUCCGAUUAUAGAUAUUCAUCAAGAGGAGACUUGGCUAAUUUCCAGGAAGCUAGCCUGGCUCAUUACAGCGCUACCACUGCUCGUGAAAUCAGCAGAAUGUGUGCAGCCCUUAAUUCCAUGGACCAGUAUGGGGGCAGGCACCUAAAUAGCCAAGAUCUUCUACAAUAUGGACAUAGUGCUCUUGGCGCUGCACCAGGAGGUACUGGAAACAUUAUGGCUCAACAGGGUGCCAUGAAACCAAACAUGAUGUACAAUCCAAAUUUCCCAGAGUCUCGUUCUGGCUUUGGAAACUUAGCCCAAUAUAAUCUCUCAAGGUUUGGAGCUGUCAGACAGGUACUCCCUUCCACAGCUACUGUACGAGCUGCUGAUGGCAUGAUUUAUUCAACCAUUAAUACACCAAUAGCAUCAACCCUUCCCAUCACCACCCAGCCAGUUUCGGUGCUACGACCGAUGCUUCGAGGCCUGUACAGGCACUAUGCUCCAGGUAGUAUCACAGCUGUCCCUCUGGCUAGCCUCACCAGAGUACCCCUAGUUACUCCUAGGGUUCCCCUUGCACCUCAAGGUCUUUAUCGCUAUACUGGGCCCAGCAGGAUUCCUGCAGUUCCUACUGCAUCUGUAAUGGAAACACCGAUGUAUUUAGGAAAACCCCUUAGCACCUCUGCAGCCAGCACUGCUGCCAGCACAGUAAGCAUAGCACCUGCUACUAAGUCCCCUGCUCCAAGCAUGGUCAGCUUGCAAAGAUCUGAGCAGACAGGAGUUGGGCCCCGUGAGGAGGUGCCUGUGUCAACCUCAGAGGUUCAGGGUCCUGCCAGCCAGACACAGCAGGAGCCAUCUCCCCGACUGCCAACCCAAAAGUCUCAGACAGAGGCUAGCACUGCUAGCAAAGGAGCUAUGGAAAGAGAAGAAAAGGAAAAGGAGGAAGAACGGCAGAGGAAGCAACAUGAGCACAUCCUCCAGUUUGAAAGGGAAAGAGUAGAACUGGAAAAACUGAGGCAGAUGAGGCUUCAUGAGGAACUGGAAAGGGAAAGGGUGGAGUUACAGAGACACAGAGAGAAGGAACAAUUCAUGAUGCACAGGGAAAUCCAGGAGUUGCAAUCCAUAAAGCACCAGGUCCUCCAGCAGCAGCAAGAGGAGCGACAGGCCCAGUUUGCCCUGCAGCGGGAGCAGCUCGCCCAGCAGCGCAUGCAGUUAGAACAAAUCCAACAGUUGCAGCAGCAAUUGCAACAGCAGCUGGAAGAGCAAAAGAGGCAGAAGAGUACAUUUCCUCCAGUAUGUGAUCCAGCUGGCCGGAUUCCUUCUCAGGUUACCCCUGAGGUAACAAUAGAAAUGCAAAGGACCUUGGCCCAAAAUGGACAAUAUUGGCCACCUCUAAAUCAAGCUUUUAUUGCUACAGCAGCCCCGGGGCAAGAAGUACAAGCACAGCCCCGCUACCCAGCACUCCAGAGGCCUCUUACAAACUCAGCCUCUGAAAUGUCCCUGCAGACUGAAGAACAGUGGGAAACUGGUCGGGGGGUAAAGAAACGGAACUCGAUGCCUCGUCUUCGGGAUGCAUAUGAUAAGGAGCCCAGCCACGAAUCAUACUUGGUGAAAAAGAUCACAGACAGCAGUGUGCAGACUGAUGAUGAAGAUGGCGAGGAACGUUUCUAUGCAUCCCGCCGGCGCCGUCCUCGGCGCAGCACUGAUUGCAGCGUUCAGACCGAUGAGGAAGACAAUGCUGAGUGGGAACAGCCAGUGCGUCGGCGACGUUCCCGCUUCUCCCGUCAUUCGGAUUCCAGUGCAGAAAGUAAAGCCGAUUCUUCAGCAAAAGGCAUGGCCAGCAUAGCCAUCCAAACCAUCAGUGACUGCUCUGUGCAGACCGAACCCGACCAGUUGCUCCGAGUGUCCCCUUCCAUCCACAUCACUUCCCCUGACCCCAAGGUGGAGAUCGUCAAGUACAUCUCUGCCCCCGAGAAGACCCAGAAAGGGGAGAGUUUGGCUUGCCAGACAGAACCUGAAGUGCAGCCCCAGCCAGGCAUUGCAGUCCCUCAGCUCACAGUGCCCACCUCAAUCCCUCCUUACUCCUCCAACAUCCAGAUGGUGAGCUCUGGGCCUCUGGAUCCUCAUUUAGUCCGACAGCAAGCACUAGCCAAGAAGAAGCCUGUUCCUCUUGAAAUUGGCUACCAGUCCCACUUGCCCACAGACUCCUUGUCUCAGCUUGUGUCCCGACAGCCCCCCAAGUCCCCUCAAGUCCUCUAUUCUCCAGUGUCUCCCCUCUCCCCUCAUCGGUUGCUCGAGUCGUCCUUCGCAUCUAGUGAAAGGCUCAACAAGGCCCACGUGACUCCACAGAAGCACUUUAUGUCUGAGUCCAUCCAACGCCAGCAGACCUUGCCUCGCCCCAUCAAAACCAUCCAAAGAUCUUUAUCUGAUCCCAAGCCCAUCAGUCCCACCUCAGAGGAGUCUGCAAAGGACAGGUUUUCCUUGUAUCAGCAUGCCUUUCUCCCCAGCAGCCAGAUGUCAACCUUGCAAUCAAACACCCUCAUUCGGAAAGUGAAGCGGACCUUGCCUAGCCCCCCACCAGAAGAAGCUCAGCUUCCUCUGACCAGCCAAGCCCAUUCACAGAUGUACAUGCCUGGCCUCAUGCCAACGGGUAUUGGCGGGCAGCCCGUCCAAGUGACCAAAGCCAGCCUCCUUAGAGAGCUUGACCGGGACUUGAAACUGGUCGAGCAUGAAUCCACUAAACUGAGAAAGAAACAAGCCGAGCUGGAUGAAGAAGAGAAAGAGAUUGAUGCCAAGCUGAAGUACCUCGAAUUGGGGAUCAAUCAAAGAAAGGAAUCUUUGCUGAAGGAUCGGAAUAUUCGCGAUUAUCCAUAUUUGAGAUGCUUGGGAGAGAAUCGAGAUUAUAUGUCUGACAGCGAACUAAACAAUCUUCGCCUCUCUGGUUAUGAGAGUGGAAGUCUCCUGACAAGGCCCAGAACUACCCCUUCUAACCAGCAUGCAGAAUUUUCCAGUACCCAGUAUACUUCAACAACUUCCUACACCCCAUACCAGUACUCCUCAGUUCAGACUGCUGCACCAGGCCCAGCUACAUUCCAGCAGACAAGAUUUCAACCUCCAUACUAUCCUCCAGCAAGCAGCGGUCCUACUCAAAAUGAUUUCCAGCCAAGGCAGAUCCCUGCUUACCCUUCCCAAACUACAUACCAGGCACAUAGCUUCACCCCAAGUACUGGAUAUCAGUCUGAACUGGGCCUACAGAGCCAUCAAGGCUUCUGCCCACCUUACCAAGUUCAGACUGCUUAUCCCAGUCAGACACCUUUGCAGCCUGCCCAGAGUGCUCUUCUUCAGACUCACGUAGACACCCACACAACAUCCCAGAAGCCAAGACAGACCUCACUGGCUGAUUUAGAACAGAAGAUCCUGACCAAUUAUGAAGUCAUUAGCAAUCCCACUGUGGUGAUCUCUGCUGCAACGCCAGAAGUGAUCUACAGCACCGCAACAGUGACCAGCAGUUAUGAUCAACACAAAGCCGCAGAUGGGAGGCCAGGAGACAGGAGCAGUGCUGCACAAAGUCCCUCUACUAGCUAUUCCUCUGACUCUCUAUACACCAAUCUAGAGCAAAACAUUCCUCGGAACUAUGUGAUGAUUGAUGAUAUCAGUGAAUUAACCAAAGAGAGCAGCACGGGAGAGGGUCAGAAAGGAGAUUUGCCAUCACACAGCAGCAAUGGACUGCCUAUCAAAGAAAAGAGGGAGGUUGCAGAUGUAGACGUGUCUAGCAGGCCUUGUUGCUAUUCAAAAGGAGAAGAGGAGUCUGAAGAGGAUAUUUAUGAUCAUUAUGGUCCUGACCAUCGGGGGAAAAGCUAUCCUAAAAGCACAGAGAGCAAUGGGAGAGUAUCAGGUAGUUCUUAUUACUAUGGAGACAGUGAUUAUAGGCCAUCCUCUCGUCCAGAUAAGCAUGGAACAAGUAUGGGAGUACAAAAACACUCUUCAAAAAAUCUGGCCCCUGCUGUCAUCUCUUCCAAGCGUAGCAAGCACAGGAAACAAGGCAUGGAGCAGAAGAUCUCCAAAUUCUCCCCUAUAGAAGAAGCCAAAGAUGUAGAAUCAGAUCUGGCCUCCUAUACAGCGACUACAUCAGUCAGUAGCAGCAGUGUAGCAUCCAGAGCAAGGAAAAUGCAAGAUGAUAUCACUUAUGGUCUAAAGAAAAAUGUAUAUGAACAGCAGAAAUACUAUAGUGUAUCCAGCAGAGAUGGGUUGGAAGAAGAUGAUAGAGCAUAUAGUGGUGGGCGAUCAAGAUCCUCUGGAUAUGUGUCAGAAAAACUGUCAAGUCGUGAAAUUAGAAGCAGAUCUUAUGAAAGAGAGAGCAUGGAGAGGCCACAGAAAGGAAGCUCAAAGCCUUCCUCCCUUAGUAUGAGUCAGAGUCGUGGGCGACCUCCAAUUCGCACACAAACUUCAGAAGAAGAAAGUCCUAUCAGUCCAUUAGGAAAAUCUGUGGGUGUAUCACGGUCUUCAGGUGGGCCUCUUCCUCAGUCUGCUGGAGACAGUUGCUCCCAAUUUUGCUCUAGUCACUCAUUGCCUGAUGUACAAGAACAUAUUAAAGAUGUGCCAAGAACCCACUCUUACAAACAUGAAGAAGGCUACAUCGUGGAUGAUUCACACUGUGUUGUUUCGGACAGUGAAGCCUACCACUUGGGCCAAGAGGAGACGGACUGGUUUGACAAACCAAGAGAACCUCGUUCAGAGAGGAUGAGGCAUUAUGGUGGCCAUUCCUCAUCCUCUCAGAAGAGAGGUCCAAUUAAACACACCUAUCAUGAUUAUGAUGAGCCCCCAGAUGAAGACUUAUGGCAUCAUGAUGACUAUUCCCACCCACGUCACUCUUCCUCCAAAGAUCACAAGCACCAUGGAGAUUAUGGGCGACAUUCAUCCUCCUCCCGCCAUUCCACUGAUGACCUGCCCAAGAGAUCAUCCAGGCAACACCCAAGAGAUCCAGGCCGCCAUGAGUCACAUGGGCGUGGACAUGGACAGCCCACUUCCCAGAAGAAGGUUCAGCAAUCAGAUACAAGAACCCAGCAAGGUUAUCCUCCCAGCUCCUCGGAGUACCCUCAGCAGUCCCGACAACCGUCUGGCUAUCAUCAUACCUCAGAGUCCCAAAAAUCCCAGAGGCAGAUGCAACAUGGGCUGCCAUCUCAGCAGCCAAAAUCUGAGCCCCUGUCUCACCAACAGCAGCAGCAGCAGCAGCAGCAACAGCAAAAGCAGCAGCAACAGCAGCAGCAACAGCAACCUAAACAACAGCAAGUUGGGCAACAGCAACCAUCAUCUAGGCAGCAGCAACCCCCGGGCAGACAACCUCAGCAACAGCAUCAAGCAGGUCCUUCUCAUCAACAGCCACAGCAGGUUCGGAUGCAGCAGCAACAACCACAACCACAGCAACAGCAACAGCAACAGCCACCACUGGGAACCCAAGCCCAACCAUCCUUGCGGCCAGCCCAACAGCAGCCUGGUCAGCCUCAACCAUUAGGCAAACCCCAGCCAACUGCCCAAGCGCAACCUAGCACUCACCCAGCAGGACCAGCUAAAGCAGAACAGCCGGAUGUAUCCAAGCCUACCACAAAAGUGCCACAGGUGGGGAAAGCACCCCAGACACAACCACAGGGGACAGCUGGAGGCAUUAAAUUGGGUCCCAAACCAACAGGAGCACCCAUAUCUGCAGGAGCAGCAGCUGGACAGCCAGGAACAGAGGGUGAAAGUGUCUUAUCCAAAAUCCUGCCAGGAGGAGCAGCAGAACAAGCAGGCAAAUUGACAGAAGCCGUAUCAGCUUUUGGCAAGAAAUUCACAUCGUUCUGGUGAGAGUACAAUAUUCGGCAUUUGGGGAAAUAAGUGAAAUCUCAUCCUUGCACUGGAAAAACCUAUGAAGAAUUCAUUGGGUUCAUUUGCCACACUGGACUCUGGGUAUAAUACUUUUGAAACCAUGGAAAACCACUAGGCUCAGAGAAUGAAACAGAAGAGCUGUUUAUACAGAUUUAUGCCUGUGGAUCCCAUAAGAUGCUGUUUGAGGACGUCUGAGCCAACGGUCACAAAAGGCUUUCAAAGCCACUGUUGUCAAUCCGUGUUGUGCAAGCCUCAAGGGUUAAAGGCAGAUUCCUAGAUUGAGAAGAUGUACGUAAGGAGGUGCAAUUAGAGAAGAGGAGCUUGUCACACAGGCAUGCAACUUUUCUGUCACUUGAGAUGUUUUGGGACUCAGAAACUAUCUAUGACUGUAGUUCCAUUUGUGCCUAGCAUCUGAUUUUGGGAGCCAUGGCCUUCUCUUAGGAUUAUACACAAAGUUACUGAACUUUAACUCUAGUUCUUCAUAGGUUUUUCCCAUUCUUCAAAAUGUGCUUGAAUUGAGGGCUGGGAGCUGGAUGCUCCAUUCUCCUUCACAUUCCAGUUUGCCCCAUCAACCCCCAUCCCCUCCAGUGUUUGUUCCCUCUCAUCAUCCCUGCAAUGGAAAGUCUGGGACGAAGGGAACUCUGACUAGGACCUAACACUGUUUCACUACUGAGUUAAGAGGCCAUAGGACUGAAAGGCAGUGCAAACUGGCUGACUAUUGACUGACACCAAUGCUGGCCAGGCAUGUCUUAUCAGCCACCCAAAGCCAUCCUGAAGCCAUUCUAAAGCAUUCAAAUGGCAGUGCUUUUCAUUGUUAAUGUUGUGCAUUGUUUUAUGUAUGCCUGGGAUUAUUAUUUUUUUUUUAAAAAAAACAGCCUUAAUCAUUCCACUUUUAUUUACAUGUAUACCUCAUUGGUGCCCAGAAACUGGGGGCUUGGUUUAUUAUUUUUUCUGAGGUUCCUUUUAUAUUUUAUUUUCUUUUCUUUUUUUCUUUUGCCUAGUCUCAUACGUCAUUAAUCUCUUAACUUUGUACUGAGUUAGCAUCUGGGCUGUUGUCGGCAGAAGCAAUAGAGUGCAGAAGGCUAUUAAGAGCACAACACAGUGUGAUGAGAAAAGUUUGACUCUGCCAUCCUCCUUUAUCCUACUGUGCAAUUCAAGUCCUUCUUAAGCCAUUAUCGGUGGGCAUGCUCAGAAAGAUGGAGGAGCUACUUGGAGCAGUGUGUUGGUAAACCUGCCUGCUUGGAGCUCGUUACACUGUAUAGAUGGCAAGAGCUGAAAGAACACCCUGUGAAACAGCUCUUUUUUUUUUUUUACUUUUUUUGUUAUUGUAAAAAACCCAGUAAGUGUACAGAUGCUGCAGUUCCCAUUUGUUUGUGCUGUUUCCUGCCCGUCUUUCAUCCACGCUGAGCAUGUUCAAGAACAACAAUUCAUUGGUGUGACCCAUAGGAGCUUCCAUUCACCAUGGGUAACAGCAAAAUGAUUCUCAUGUCUAAUGUUCUAUGCAAUGAAAUUACAAAAUUUUAAAGACAACUGUUAAUAUUUAAUAAGUUCAAUGUUAUGUAUAAGGAUUUAAUUGCAAACAUGCUAUCAAGAACCUGGAUAGAUAUCUUUAUAUCAAACACCUGUGCGUAUGAAGUUUCCAAUUAGUGGCAUGCUUGACCCGUUCAAGGGACACUUUUGCCAAAGGGUAGCCAUAGGGCCAGUGACUGUCUCUGUCUGUAGUAGAGCAUGGCUUGCUACUUCUCUGCACGGUUUCAUCUACUUAGAAUGCUUGCCGUUCGUUCUUUGCUUGAAAUUCUUUUUUUUUCCUCCAGUUGGUUCAUCUUCUUUACUGAAUGCCAUUACAGAUUUAUGCACUUGUUAUUGAAGCCCUGUCAAUGAAGAGCAAUUAUUCCACAAAACAUUACCCUAGAUUUUCUAUAUUUAAUUACACUCACUCUAGAUCCUUUGAGACGUCCUCUCCUGCAACUGCCUAGGGUUUGCUGAAAGGGGCUUCUUGGCAUUGUCCAAACCUAAUGCACAUUCCUCCUCUCCAAAAUUAAAAUUAAAAUUCUAUCUAAGUAUGCAAGAAUUGCAGCCUGGAAAAAUAUCCCAAGAACGAAAUGUAUUUACAAACAUAGCAAGGGAGACUGAACAGGUCUGUCAUUAAUUAAUAUAUCAAUUCUACUUAAUUCGUCUUUUCUGCAUUCUGAGCUUAGAGAGCAAUGGGGAUAACUGCUGGUGCAACUAAUGACUGUUAAUACAUAUAGAAUUACUCAACCUACGGUUCUGAAAUUCUGAAAAUGUGGAAGCAGAGAGCCACUAGGUGGUCAGUUCAAGACUGGAGUAAAUGCAGUGCCAAAUCUGAAGUAAUCCCACAGGUUUCCAUCAGGCCCUUAAUGCAGUGAUGGCAAAGCUAUUUUCUCCCUAUAGGACUUGAUUGAAAGCCAGAAUACCAUAUGCAAAAAUUGGACCAAAAAUGUAUACCUUUUUAUACUGAAAAAUGGAGUGGGGCAAGAGGAAGCUAGUAUAUAUUUUACAUGUUAGAGUCUUCAAAAUGUAACAAGUUUAUAAUCUUUUGAUACAGAAAAUAUAGAAUGUGUUCCUGUUUGGCAAUGCACUUGACAAGGAUGCUACAGGUCCUGAAUGUCACCUCUGUGUAAUGUUACAAAUACAUCAAUAAGCUCUGAAUCAUAUUGUGCAAGAAGGCAAUUUUUUCAGGACCACUGCUGGAAUGUAUACUUUAGAAAUAUUUUUUCCCACAGAGAUUGAAAUAAGAUUUAGUAAUGGGAGCUGGUAGGCUAGUGAGUAUAAGAGUAAUUUCAUGUCACCCAUAGUGAUACCAUCCAGGUAUAAGGUUUGCACAAUCAACAAUUGUCUGCACAAUCAAGAGUUGAUCCCAGCUGCUUAAUUAAAAUUCCUAUCUAAUACAAACAUGUGAGAAUAUGUUUCAUAUACUCAUGCUUUGCCUUUGCUUGCACUUAAAACAGUUGUACACUAAAAAAAAGUGUAUGACGUGGUUCUUAGUUAAGUGUGUGUUAUUUUAAUAAGCCUUAUUAUUCUAAGACUGUUUUGGACAACUGGCAUAUGAAGUGAUAUAUCUCAUCAUGUAAAAGUACUAAUUUGAUAUUUUGUAAGCAGCAUUCUUAACAAAAGUCUUCCAUGGUUACAAGCUCAAAGCAUAGUCUCCUUAUCCUGACUCCAUAUGUUAGAAUAUAUGUUCAUUCAUGUGCUUACAAAUGCCCACUGGCUCUGUUGACUGAGGAGAAACAAGGCAGAUUGGAAAUCUAUCCGCUGCACGGACUAUGGAAACACUACAGUUGUAUCUGAUCUCUGUUAGGGAAAGAAUUACGCCUUUAGUAGCCCUUUCUAAGGGAAAGUAGGAAGUUAUAUCCAUGGUUAUUCAGCGGAUACAGACCACAGAAUUCAGCUUCUAAGUCAAGCUGCAUACAUAUUGGCUGUAUGAUCCCUGGCAGUAUCUCCUUUGCCUGUUCUGUCUGUGGUCUGAAUGAGUGUGAAACCUCUAAAGUUAAGCUAGUCAUUUCUUAAGAGGUAGGACUUGGUGGAAAAACUCCUUGGCUGUGUGUUGCUCCACAGUUUUACUUAUAAUCAACCAAUCAAUUGUUUGGUUUUGCAUAAUACAAUGUGCAGUAACAUAACCACAUGCCUUUCAUAAUGAAGUAAGUUAAAAGGUAGUUGACUAGCUUGUUUAAUGUCACAUGCAGCAUUUAAAACUAUGGGGUCCUCGAUACUUUCUGAGUUUGAUGCACCAAUGAGGUUACCUAGUUUGAUAAUGAAAUGUUUGCAAGGAAAUAACCAAACUCAGAGGACACCAAGGAACCCACAGUCCAACCUGAGCUACAAUUUUUUUUUCUUUCAGUAGCCUUUAAAACUCUCUAUCUGCAGAAGUCCUUUUUCCAGAGGAAUUAACCCAUUGUAUUUAACGUGAAUUCCUGCAUAGAAGCCCACUCAUUUGAUUCAGCAGUUGGUCUAUACCUAGGAAGACAGACUGAAUUUUUAUAUUUAAUUGUGUUUCAGUUAAGUUUCUGAAUUGCUGAAUUGAUUAUUUUUCUAGCAAAAAUACAAGAUUUAGUACAAGAAGCUUAUCUUUUGUUCUACCGCAAUAAAAAGUUUAGCUCAAGAGCAUUAAGUGAACUGGGCAGGCUGGGAAUCAUUUCUAACAGAACAGGAGGAAUAAAACUAAUUCUCCAAGUAGCACUUCCUCAUGUGUGAUUUACAUAUAUAGUUUAUUUAACAUAUAGCUACAUCAUUUCUUUGGGAGAAAUGUAAUAUAUUUUGGGAAGUUAUUUCAACUAGAAUGGCAAACUGAAGCAAUGAGAUUGCCAUCAUUCAUUCUCACAUUUGCACACUGAAUUCUGAGAAGAGGGAUUUGGUUCCAAACGUAGAGACCAAGUUACCUGGCAAGGACAAGCAUGUUUUUUCAUUCAGUUUCUUUCCAGCCACCCAGACCUCUUUUUCUUAGACUCCCCGCAAUGACAAGUGCAUAAUCUGAGGAUGCUUCUUCAGAACUCUAGAUUGGAUUUGUGUUCCCUACUGGUUUUCUCAACAGUGGCUGCUACAAUCUCCCUCGACCCCUUCCAUUGUAAAUACCUGUACAGUGUGUAAAAUAAAAGUCUCACAUGGUAUGAAGAAGAAAACUCCCCAAGAAAACAAUCAACUCACAGCCCCCUUUUGUGAGGCUCCAUCUCAGUGACCAGCACACCUGCCAACUCUUGCUUUUGUGUAGAAAAACAAAAUCAACAAACAAAGCCUGGUGUUUGUAACUAACUUUUCUGAACUGUUUCCUUUCUUGCAAAGCAUAGCAGAGUCCCAUAAAGCUCUUGUGGCUGUCACAUGACAUGUACUGUCCAUGCUCUCCUCCUGCCUUUAGUUUCAAAUUAUUUUUCUUCUUUUCUAUUUUGUAUUAUUUUGGAGGCGGCAGAGUUCUCUAUAAAACCAACAACCCAUCAAACAAAAGAAGAAGUUUACAGUUGUAAGUGCAAUGACCUUUAUCUGAACAUUGUAAAUGAUGUGUGUGUCCUGCUGUGCUCUGUGAGAACUUGUAGUAUUUCAGUGUAACACCUCAUGUAUUGUGAUUCCGUAUGGCAAGUUGCCCUACAAGGUAUUUCUGUGGAAAACAGAAUAAAAGAACUUGAUAUGAUUUA